CGCCGCUGGAAAACUGAACGCGGCAGGAGCGUGAUAGAUCUGCCGCCGUCGUCCAGUCGAGAGCCUCCAUCGUCCAGCGCGCAGAGUUCACCACCGCGAGCAGGUGUCGUCCGACCGCUCGCCGAGCCACCGCCGCCGUCCAGUGGGUCGCCAUCGCCGUCCGAGCCGCCGCGCGCAGAAGCUUGCGCCGCCUUCUAAUAGAAAAGAAAGGGUUUCUUUGGACUUUUGGCAGUGUGGUGGGCUUGAUUUUCUGACGAAAAAAAAUACCAAGAUCUGAAAUUAGUUGUACCGGGUAUCUCGUCUAGUUGUGUGAUAUGACAGAAGACGGGAAGUUCCAAAUUGAGAAGUUUGAUGGUACAUAUUUCAGUUGGUGGAAGAUGCAAAUUGAAGAUUUGCUGGUUCAGAAAGAUUUGGACGUGGUAUUGGGUGACAAGUCAGAAAAGAUGUCGGAUGCAGAUUGGGCAGGUUUGGAUCGGAAAGCGAUGUCCGUGAUCCGUCUCUCGUUGACCAAGAAUGUUGCGUUCAACAUUCUGAAGGAGAAGACAGCGAAGGGAAUUAUGGACGCGCUAUCUAACAUGUACGAGAAGCCAUCUGCAGCGAACAAAGUUUUUCUGAUAAGAGAGCUGGUGAACACAAAAAUGAAAAAUGGCACUUCAGUUACCGAGCAUACCAACAAGUUGAAUUCGAUCUUAGCCAGACUUUUGUCAGUUGGCAUUAAGUUCGAUGAUAAAGUUCAAGCUUUACUACUGUUAUCGUCAUUGCCUGACACUUGGUCCGGAACUGUUACAGCAGUUACCAGUUCAGCGGGACCUGAAGGAUUCACUUUUGAGAAGAUUCGUGACCUUGUUCUUGGCGAAGAUGUCAGAAGAAGGAGUUCUGGUGAGUCUUCAGAAGAAUCACUAAAUAUCGUCAGAGGCAGAGGAAAUAACAGAGGUAGUGGGAGCAAGAACAGACGAAGGAGUCGAUCGAAGACUCGGGAUAGCUCAGGCGUAACAUGCUGGAAGUGCAAGGAGGUGGGGCAUUUCAGGAAUCAGUGCCCGAAAGAGGAUAAGCAAGUGAACAUUGCUAGAGGCUCCGCGAGCGACGAGGAUUUGUUUAUCUGUUGUGCGGAGAGCAGUGUAGAUUCCUGGGUCAUGGAUUCUGGUGCUUCAUUUCAUGCUACCCACAGCGGUGAAGCAUUGCAGAAUCUAGUUGUUGGGGACUUUGGAAAGGUACGACUAGCAGACGACGGAGCUCUUGAUGUGACGGGCAUGGGUGACAUAGUGCUGAAGACCCCUGUCGGUUUCUGGACUUUGAAGGAUGUCAGAGUGGUUCCAGCCUUGAAGAAAAGUUUGAUUUCUGGCCGCUGCAAUAGGAGAGCUGAGGAAGAUUACUCGAUGUACAGGGAAUCGUGGUGGAUGGCAGUUGAUGACUAUCAAGCCUCCAAGUGGGAGAAUGUUGGGUUUGUGGAGGCUUGGGCUUGACUUUUGGCCCGGCCCAUUUUACGAAACCCUAGAUGCACUCUUCCUAUAUAUAUUGCAUUCUUGUACUUGUAAUCUGCACCACAAGUGAAAUAAGAAAUUCCUCUUGUU